CCUCUCCUGCUCCCCUGUGGCGGGGUCCCGCCGAGGCGGCGGAGGGUGGGGCUCCCCGCCGAGGGCGGCCGCGCGUGCCCCUGCACAGUGCCCCGGCGGGCGAAACACAGGCCCACAGAGCCUUGCUUCUCCGCGUCCGGUGGCAGCGUUUUAUCUUCUCUUUUGUCCUCUUCGGUACAACGCCAUCUGAUGUCUCAUCAAGUCUAAUUCCUUCCUCCCUAGGAAUCGUUGAACCGAGCAAGUGCAAUGUAGAGCUCUGCUGUUGAAAGAAAACUGAGGAGUUGGAAGUGCUCACAGUUCUUUAUCCUCUUGGGAUGGAGCACACGGGGAAUAAGUGCUGAAGUGUAGCCUACGGGUACUUCUAAGGCAAAAAUCUCUGUGGGCUUAGCGUGUGGGAUCAUGUAAGGGACAAGAACUCCAGUUACCGUGGAUUUUUUGAAAAUCUGCAGAGGAACUAUAAGAUUCGUCAAGCAAGCUUUGGCUGGCAGAAGGUCUGGAUAACAGGUGACAUGGCGAAAGAGCGCAGGGAUAAAACAAUUCAACCACCAUGAGUUGGAGUUUCUUGACCCGUCUGUUAGAGGAGAUUCACAAUCAUUCAACCUUUGUUGGCAAAAUCUGGUUGACAGUGUUGAUUGUCUUUCGGAUUGUCCUGACUGCUGUUGGAGGGGAAUCCAUCUAUUAUGAUGAACAAAGUAAGUUUGUGUGCAACACAGAACAACCAGGCUGUGAGAACGUUUGCUAUGACGCUUUUGCUCCUCUUUCACAUGUGAGAUUUUGGGUGUUUCAGAUCAUUCUUGUAGCCACUCCAUCUGUGAUGUAUUUGGGCUAUGCCAUUCAUAAAAUUGCCAGAAUGGUUGAACAUGGUGAAACUGACAAAAGAACCAGAAGUAAACCCUUUUCAGUGCGCUGGAAACAGCAUCGUGGCUUGGAGGAGACAGAGGGUGACCAUGAAGAAGAUCCAAUGAUGUACCCAGAAAUAGAGCUAGAAAGUGAGAAGGAGAACAAGGAACAACCACAUCCCACCAAAGCUAAACAUGAUGGCAGGCGACGAAUUCGAGAGGAUGGACUCAUGAAAAUCUACGUGCUACAACUUCUUACUAGAACUAUGUUUGAAGUUGGCUUUCUUAUUGGUCAGUAUUUUUUAUAUGGUUUUGAAGUUAGCCCAACAUUUAUAUGCAGCAGGAAACCAUGCCCGCACAAGAUAGAUUGUUUCAUUUCAAGGCCAACAGAAAAGACCAUUUUUCUAUUAAUAAUGUAUGGGGUGAGCUGCCUAUGUUUAUUUUUGAAUGUCUGGGAGAUGCUCCAUUUGGGAUUUGGAACUAUCCGAGACGCACUAAACAAUAAAAGAAGAGAGCUGGAGGACUCUGGUACCUAUAACUACCCUUUUACUUGGAACACACCAUCUGCUCCUCCUGGCUAUAAUAUUGCAGUCAAGCCAGAUCAAAUCCAAUAUACUGAAUUGUCCAAUGCCAAAAUGGCUUACAAGCAAAACAAAGCCAACAUAGCUCAGGAACAGCAGUAUGGGAGCAAUGAAGAAAACAUUCCAGCUGACCUGGAAAAUCUGCAGAGGGAAAUUAAAGUGGCUCAGGAACGCUUGGACCUUGCAAUCCAGGCUUACAAUAACCAAAACAAUCCCAACACUUCCCGAGAAAAGAAGUCAAAAGCAAGCUCAAACAAAAGCAGUGCCAGUAGCAAAUCAGGAGAUGGGAAGACCUCUGUCUGGAUUUAACAUUGGCUGGGUUUGACUUGUACUUUUCUCUUUGUUUAUGGUAAUCAGCAACUUGCAGAAUAAUUACUUCCAUUAAAUAAAUAUUUGGCUCUGUUUAUCUUCAGGGAUACUGUUGGCUAAUGAUCCAGGCACUCAAAAAACUGUUCAUGCCCAUGUUCUAGGAUUAUAGAACUUUUCUUCUGUCUUCCAGGUCAGGAAAAGAACAGGUAUAUUUAAAUCAUUCUCAUUGAACGGUUUACACUGUAUGUACAGUAUCAUGGUACAUUUAUGCACAAUUUUUUGUAUUUGUACAUUGGAUCUCGUCAGUUACACUUUUUUAUAUUAAAGAAAAGAAAAGGUAGGUAACUCUUAGCAUUUUGCUAGUUUUCUUACAGUGGUCUCUAGACCUCUUUUUCUCUUUUUUGUUCAAAUGUGAACCUGUCUAUGCUGCGUUUCAAAGUGCCUUGUACAUGUCCACAACUUGGAGGAUGCUUUUGUGACCAAAAGAGCCUGCUGAGUAUUGAUCACCUAGGAACAGAGUGGUGAAAGCUUUGGGGAAUAUUUGCUAGUGGUGCCAUCGAGUGCAUAUUUAUAAAGUUAUUUGAAACUUUUGAAAUGGAAGUGUCAUGCUAAUUAGUAGAUGCCAUAGUGUUGCACCUGCAGUUUAAAUUACUUUUAGAAAGACAUUUGCAUACUAUAGUGCAUAUAAUCUUAAAGGAAUAAAGCCAUACAUAAUGUAAGCUUUAUCCAGCAGGGGGAAAAGAAACCUCGAACUCCUGUAAAAUGCUUUAAAUGAAAUGACUUUAUUCAUUAAUUCCAGAUUGAUAUGGUAUAUAUAGGAAAUAUGUAUUUCAUAAAGUCUGUUACAAUAUGAAAACACACGAGAGCAUUAAAUUGUUACAGUGACUCUUGGAUAAUUGGAUUGUAUGGAGUCACUCUAAAUUGUACAUUUUCUGUAUUGCAUUAGAGAGAAGUUUUGACAGACAUAAUCUUUGUUUAGAGGAAUAUGUUGCAAGCAAUUUUCCAACUACAAGUGACCAAGAUGUUUUACCCCCAAGUCCUCUUCACUCCAUCAUAUCCAAAGGCCUCGGUUCAGACAGAGCAAUAUGUAAAUUUUGUAUUUCUGCUUGAGAGACCAGUUGUGUUUGACAUUCUGAGGAUUUGACAUUAAACUUAAAUUUAUAAUUUGAAAAA